GUUAGAACACAUUUCACAAAACUCCUUCCGCUAACUCCGUAGUGUUUGUGUGCUCCAAACUAUUUCUCUUUUCUUCAAUUUGCCGGGAUAAUUAGAAAAUGUUUCCCUUGAUCAUUUCUCGCGUGUCUGGCCACCAUGAAUGAAAAAUGGGAAUCAAACGGUGAGAUUGACGAUUUGCGUUGCCUGGGGAAAGAGGCAAAUUACAUGUGGAUUUGCGAUUGGUCUGGGGAAGGAGGUCUGCGCGAUUUUGGUCGGAGAGCACCAACGACAGUGAUUUGCCUGAGAUGACGGUGGCGGCGAUUUGCAAUGGAGAAGCAGCACCAAUGGCAAUUUCUAUGUGGGACUGCAGCGACGGCAAUUUGUGGGGAAAGAAGCAGCGAUUUGAGAGAUUUGCCUAGACGGUGAUUUGGGAUUGACGAAGGAGGACAUGGAUCGGAUGAAACUUUUGGGUUUGCAAUUCCAAGAAGAAAGAAGCUAAGGGAGCGCCAACGGAAAAUAACUUCCGGAAUAAAAUCCAGAAGUCAAAUUCCGGAAAUGAAACCUCAUUUUCCCAUUGAGCAACAAUGAAAAAAUGAGGAAUUUUCCAGUAUGUGUUGGAAGCAGCAGAGAGCAUAAAGGAGGAGGCACACGGCGAAGUUAGCGUCGAAGUGCAGCUCUUUCAACCCGACUCCGGUGUCAAUAAUCUUUCCGGCGGAAGAUAUCAUGCCAAAACUCUCGUCUAUGCGGAUCUCAAGCACGUGUUACUCAGAAUUUCGCCUAAAUCUCCCUCUGCCAUCAAUAACUUAUCCAGAUCUGAAGACGAUGCGAUCCUUGUUUCCGCCCACAUCGACACAGUCUUCUCAGCUGACGGAGCUGGGGACGAUAGUUCUAAUGUGGCUGUCAUGUUGGAGCUUGCUCGGUCAAUUUCUAAACAGGCUAAUGGCUUCAAGAAUUCUAUAGUAUUCUUUUUCAAUACUGGGGAGGAGGAAGGCUUGGAUGGUUCUCACAGUUUUAUAACUCAGCAUCCAUGGGUUCGUACUAUCAAAGUAGCCAUUAACUUGGAAGCCAUGGGUAUUGGCGGGAAGUCGGGAAUAUUUCAGGCUGGUCCUGAUCCAUGGUCGAUUAAGAAUUUUGCGAAAGCGGCAAAAUACCCAUCCGGCCAAAUUAUUUCACAGGAUUUAUUUUCAUCUGGCAUAAUAAAGUCUUCAACUGAUUUUCAAGUGUACCAAGAAAUAGGGGGCCUUUCAGGACUUGACUUUGCAUUUACAGACAAAUCAGCUGUCUAUCACACUAAGAAUGACAGGCUUGGGCUUUUGAAACCUGGCUCUCUUCAACACCUUGGUGAAAAUAUGCUUCCAUUUCUACUUGAGGCUGCAAAAAGUGAUCUUCCACAAGGGAAGGAAAACCUAUACAGUGAAAACUCAGAGGAGGAUACAGUUAUAUACUUUGACAUCUUGGGAAAAUAUAUGAUUGUAUACAGUCAGAGUUUUGCUGAUAUGAUCAACAAAGCAUUUAUAGUGGUGUCACUUCUAAUAUGGAUUGGAUCACUGUAUAUUGGAGGGCUUACAUCUGUAGUGUCAUUUGCAUUUUCACUCUUGAGUAUUGUGGCAAUGUGGAUAUUCUCCAUUGGCUUCUCUCUUGUUGUUGCCUUUUCCCUUCCGCUUGUAUCACAAUCACCGGUUCCCUUCAUUGCUAGCCCGUGGUUGGUGAUUGGUUUGUUUGCUGCACCAGCUCUUCUCGGGGCUUUCAUUGGCCAACACAUCAUUUAUCUCAUUCUUCAGAAGUUCUUAUCAUGCACAUUUGCAGGGACAAAAGUUAUUCUGCCUCUUACGGUCAGGAACACUCUGGCUGAGUUGCAUGCUGAAAGAUGGAUGUUUAAAUCUGGUCUGUUACAGUGGCUUGUUAUCUUAGCUGUGGGAAACUCUUACAAGAUUGGUUCUUCUUAUUUGGCCUUGGUUUGGAUGGUCUCACCUGCAGUUGCUUAUGGCUUACUUGAAGGUCUGGCACAGUCGACUGAAAUACUCAACCCUUUAACCUUGCUGAUCGGAUCGGCUGUGCCAAUUGUUAUUUCAUCUGGCGUGUUUGUUCAGCUGGUGAAUACUCUAAUUGGAAAUUUAGUGCGGUCUGUUAGUAAUCCCGGCGAACAGCCAGACUGGAUGGGGAGUGUUAUUGUUGCAGUGCUUGUGGCAGUUUUAGUAUGCUUGACAAUGGUGUAUCUGCUACCAUAUAUUCACAAUUCAGGUGCAAAGUCUCAAUUUGUGGUUGCAACUUGUAUUUUGUUUGGCAUCUCAUUCGGGAUUGUGCAACAAGCCAUACUUCCGCCAUUUACGGACGACACUGCACGAGCUGUUAAUGUUGUGCAAGUCAUUGAUGCAACAGGAAACUCUACUGUGUCACACAUCUCACUGUUUUCGGCAACUCCUGGAUCGUUGGAUGCAGAAGCUGAAGAGAUUGGAGAAGGAUUUGUCUGUGGCAGAGAAAAGUCUUUUGAUUUUGUGUCUUUCAGUGCCAAGUACAGCUGCUGGACGAACGCGACCACCAAACAUGGCUUGAAGAUAUCGCAUAUGCCCGAGCUCCUUCAUGUCAGUAAUGAUAUAAAGGGAGAUAGGAAAACUUCAUCGUUCAAUAUCGGUACAUCAAACUCCACUCGCUGGGUCCUGUCAAUUAAUUUCGAUGAAAUUGAAGACUUCCAGCUCACAGAUGGUUCAAGGGAGCUGAUUUCGCAGGGAGACAAGAACAGCGACAAUGGGUGGCACAUAGUGCAGUUUGCAGGCGGGAAGGAUUCCCCAACCAAAUUUGAGCUGAUUCUUCAUUGGCACAAAACCAAGUCCGGCGAGCGGAAGAACCAAGCAGAUGAAACUGUGUUGCUGAAACUGAGAAUAGAUUUUGACCAGAAGACUGCAGAAAUGGUGAAGGUGCUCGCGAAGCUCCCUUCUUGGCUUUCGCAGUACGGCAAGUCCACCUCCCCUUUCAACCUGGCAUACUACCAGACCUUAUCUGUCGCUCAAGCUGAAACAAUAAUGCCCGAUUCAGUUCCUCUGGCAAGCCAGUAGAAGUUGUUGUUUCUCCACAUAAAGAUGGUUUGAAAUAAUAAUAAUAAUAAUAAUAAUAAUAAUAAUAAUAAUGGGGGGAAAAAUCAGAUUAAGACUUUGUGGUAUUACCAUGAGGUUUCUGAAAAUCUUAGAUUUGAUCCCCAUUUUCACCCAUGGUACCAGCAAUAAAAACAGUUACUCCCUAGUAAAUAUCCUUCCAUAAU